AUGAAGUCAUUUGGUUUUGGGUCACAUGAUCUCGGGAAAAAUAACGAGGACAACUCGUUUUGUCCCAGUGGCGUGUUACAACGCCCUCCUCGCGUAAACGAGAGAGACACAUCGGCGCUGAAGAAUCUCCUCAAGGAAUCCGCCACCGCGGCAGUGUCCGGCCGGGCCUCGCAGCAGGAUAUCCUCAAGAUCCUCGACGCCAUGAUCACCCGCAUGCGGGGCGUCAAAGCUGUCCCAGUACGCGGGCGAGAUCGCGUUCUCAUACUAACGACGCACCGAACGUUGAUUGAUAGCAGGAACAACAGAAUUCUCGUUACGAUCAACCUGUAG